AAGCCCUCAUCUUUUUGAACUUCAAAACUCAAAACCACUUCUUUUCAGGGCCAGAACAACCGUUCAUUCAUUGCAAGAACGGGGAAUAUCAAUCAAACCAUGGAGAACGAGGAAGAAAGCAACAAUCGAGGUCCUUUUCAGUACCCUUACAGUUCUUCCUACGGAUUUGCUGCUUCGUCGUGGGAUUUGCGAAGGAACUUGACAGAAACGUUCAAUCAGCAUGUCGGAGCCUCAGAAGCACAGAAAACCAGAUCGAAAGCGGACAAUGACACGAAAGCGCCGCCUUCAUCUGGUGGCAAAGGGAUAGAUCAAAGCAAAAACAACGCAGAUCAGUCGACUACCAGGUUGGCAACAAAGAAGUCAGACGCUGCCUCGGGCAAGCCACCAAUGCAGCCCUCCCAUCUCCGAUCAAUGGGUGACACUGCUGCAAGACAAUUAGCUGUUGCCGAAGGCGCGAAUAGACGGGUAUCUGUGUUUUUGAGAGUGCGGCCACCCAAACAAGGGGCAGUCAAUACAAUCGACAUUUUGCCAGGAGAUCCGUCCACGAAAGUCAGGACCCAUGCUCCCAGAAACUCCAACGUUGCCAAGAUGAAUCGCGAAAGCAACUCCAGCAAAGGACUUCCAUCUGACUCUCAGAUGGCUGCUAGAGAAUACGACUUUCAACAAGUUUUUGGGCCAGAAAAGAAAAACGAAGAUUUAUACACAACAGUGGUUGCUCCCAUGGUGGACAAAAUGUUCCCACGUGACGAAAACAGGGAGCCGGAAUCUGGUUUGCUCUUUGCGUAUGGCGCUACCAACGCAGGCAAAACCUACAGUAUCCUGGGCGAAAUGCCGUCGUCGCAUGGAAAGCCGAUCAACGAAAUGCACUGUGGCAUCGUUCCCCGAGCAAUUCAGGGUGUGCUCGAUAAUAUCAACCACUUGAAGAGCAAAGAACAAGGACUCUCCUUUGUUGACCUCUACGUGAGCGUUUUGGAAAUUCACAACGAGAACAUCUAUGAUUUGCUAGAGCAGCAGCAGAAUAUUCGACACCCAGCUUAUAUACGAGAGCCCUUGAAGCUACGUGAGAAUCAAAAGCAUACGUUUGUCAGGGGACUUGUAAAACAUGCCGUCAAUGACGUGAAAGAGGGUCUCCAGCUUGUGAAGCAAGCCAAUUCCAAGCGACACACAGCAUCGAACAAUCUGAACAGCGACUCCUCUCGCUCUCAUUGUAUCUUUCAGCUGCAGAUUAUCAAGAGAAGCGCGAACAUUCCAAAAAUGCGUCAAGCAUCGUCUCUAACUUCCAACAAUGGCUACAGUACCGAUGAGGAGGCCUCUCGAAUCUCCAAGCAGAAGCCAAUCACUCUCUGGAUUGUCGAUCUUGCUGGGAGUGAAAGGUCGAAGAGAACGAAUGUUGGGACACUGCGGCAGAAGGAAGCAUCCUUGAUCAACAAAAGCUUGACGACCCUCAUGAGGUGCCUCUCCAUCAUUCGAGAGAAUCAGUCUUCUACAGGCUCCAGUCAGGUCAUCCCCUUUCGAGAUAGCAAGCUGACGCAUUUGUUCAUGCCAGUCUUGACGGGAAGGACGUCCUCGAGCAUCUCCAUGAUCGUUAAUGUAAAUCCCGCGGCCCCAGAUUACGACGAGACGAAUCACGUUCUCUCGUAUGCCUCCAAGGCAAAGAUGGUCGAAAUCAAGGAGUUUAAAAUGCCAGCGGACAGGCCAGUCAAGAAGGCAUCUGCUGUUUCGAAGGUUUCGAAACUGAUGAAAAGGCUCUCUCCAAAGAAGCUCAUGAAGAGGCCCGGGGGUAGUAAAGAUGCCGAACGCAAGCGCAAAGCUGCACCGGGUCCAGCACGAAUUGCCUCUUUCAACGCACCCUCCUCCACAAACAGCAACUCAAGCAAAGAUGCUCACAAAACGAAGAAACUUCGUGGCGUCAAGCCAGGUGCUGCUUGUAAUCCUCCUCGAGAAGCUGUAUCGAAACUUGCACCUGGACCAGCCAACGAGAAUGCAAUGAAAUCACUCCAGAUGGCUCUUUCCAUUGCAAACGCGGAAGUCGAAAAUCUCAAGUUCGAGAAUAGCAGACUAACGGAAGAGCUAGGGCAGGUCGAGGGGAGGGUUCGUUUGGAAGUGUCGGCCGAGAUGGACGAACAGCUUGAUCAAACGAAGCAGUACUACUUGGAAAUCAUUGAAAAGAUGAAGGGUCAAUCUCGUCAGUCCGUAGGGGUCUUCGAAAAAAGAAGACGGGAAGAAAAUGCAUCGGAGCAGAUUGAUACUCUUCUUUUCAAGGUCGAGGAGGCAGAGGAAGAAAUGAACAGGCAAGCAAAAGCUCACACGGAGGAAUUGGCGACGAAGCAACGGGAGAUUGAUGAACUAAGAGCAAGCCUUGUCGAGAUGGCAGCAUUGAAAGCUACCGGGGACGACAACGAAGAUGUUGAAGAUGUUGUCCAGGCUCAGCGCCGCAAAAUUCGCGAGCAGGCGGAAGAGUUGAUGGCGUUGGAAAAGUCAAAGACGGACCUGAUUGAGGCGUAUGAAAAGUUGUUGGCCGGAGAAGAUGACGACGAGGACGAAACAGGAAGCGACGAAGGCGACAACGACAACGAAGAAGAUGUGCCUGGUGAUGAUGACAGCGAUGACAAUACUGAUGAGGUCCAUCCAAAGUACAUGACCCGCAACAGGUUCGCGCAGCAAAAGGGGACGAAUCCUCGCGCUCCUCUGUCUUCCAUUUCGGCAAACGUUGGCAUCCCUUAGGAAUUCACAAAGUACGUCGUAAUCAAAUUUCUAAAUGCAUUUCUGAAGGGAUUCAUCACU